CACCAGAUUGACGUGUUAUUGAAACUUACUGUUAGCCCUGCGCAUCUUGCAUCUGUCUGAUCCAGAAGAUGUCAUGAAUAAUGACUACAAAGCCUCUAUUGGUCGCGGUGGGCAUCGUAUUGAAGCGUCGCGGAACAUAUGGGAUGGAAGUGGCUUGAAGAUUGAUAGUGCAAUUACUGAUGUUGCCUGGUGCCAUGGCAGUUAUAACAACAAGAUUCUUACAAGCACGCAGAAUGGGGAUCUCAUUAUGUGGUACCUCAACAAGGCUGGCAAUGCCAAACAUGGAAGAUGAAGUUCCAUAUCUGUUUGAUCCACAAGUUAUCCUGCUCCACUAUAGUUCCGUACUACUGUGUUACAGG